GUACAUCCCUGCAUGGUAAAGUUCGAUACUACUGCUGCGAAAGAAAUCGAAGCAAAGCCGAAUGAACGUUGGCGCGUCGGGCAACAUUUUUAUUGAGCGGGCGCACCCGGCCUACGAGCAUGUCGUCGAUUUUCUUGUGUCCUGCUGCGAGCCGGUGAGCCGAACGCACCACAUGGAGCAGUACCGCAUGGACAGCUCCUCGCUGUCCGCAGCCACGGCUGAAGGCACCUACACGUUGGACAUGAUUGAGGUCAUUCUUCGUCACUUCCGUCUCAACAGUAACCAAGAGCUACCUGUGGACUUGGAGCGGUGCACCGCGCUGCAGCAGCUGGCGACCGCGGUCGACGAGUCAACGAGUGCUGUUGGCGACGACGUUGACCUCGCCGCGGGGUCUCUUCGAACUUCUCCCAGCAGCCCGUUGUCUUUGGAGCAUGCGUGGGCUUCUGGGGCGGCGGCGCGCGCACGUCUGCCGCCUUGCAUUCAAUCGAUGGAUUUCAGCGAUACUGUACUAGCACCGUUUUAUCCAAGCAAGCACCCCGAUCACCGAACGCAGCUGUCCUCCACUCUUCCCCAAACCGUAGAAGAAGAAAGGAAAGAGAUGGCGGCCACAGGUGCCUCAAGUCUAUCGCCACCUUCUCCUCCGACUUCUUCUUCUUCAGGAAGAAUCCUUCAACUGUUUCGUCCAUCUUCUCCAGCAGCAGCAGCAGCAGCGGCGGUUUCGCCGACUUCGCCGACCGGCGGGGCAGCCUCCUCGCCGCCGACAAAGAGACCGUUAAUUGCGCUCGCGGUGGUGCGCCCGGACGAUGUAGAGCAGCCGCUGCCCGACGCCAUUGCGACGAUGCUGUCGGAGGAGGAGACCGCGUCUCGGGUGCAGAUUGUCCUGCAGCCGCGCCUCCGCCGCUUUCACCAGUUCGAUGCCGGCCACGGCGGAUUGUCGUCCGCGCACGCGAAAGCCUCCAAGGGCGGCGAUGAGGAGCUCUUUUACUUUGUGGAGUCGCGCCAGCGAGCGCAUUUGGAGCUCGUCCUCGACGCACUCAAGGAGUUCCUCGAGCCGGUGCUGCUGUACGGCAAGGAGCGGUGGAUCCUCUCCGAUGUCGACCGCAGUCCGGUGGACGCCGCGGUGGGGAGUAAUGGCGGGGGGAGCGCGACGCGGGUGGCGCGUGAUGCCGGCCGACCGGCGGUGCUGCGGAUGCUGUACGAACCUCCAAAGCUGGAUCCAGCUAACAAGGUCGGCGCACAUGCGCCUUCGUCUCCCACUGCUGCGGCUGGUGCGUCUGCGUCGUUGUCGCCUGCCCCGGCGAGCCGCUUCAUCUACAAAUGCCAGGUCAAAGCUGGCAAGCUGAGGGAGGUGAAGGAGCGCCUCUUCUCCCGCUUCAACAUCCGCGCUGACUGCUACUACGACUACCUCCAGGACAAGACGCUGCACGUGGAGAACUUGAACCUGGCGAGUCACGUGCGACUGCGUCCCUAUCAGGUGGCCUCGCUCGAGCGCUUCCGCCGCGGCAGCAAGGCGCACCAGGGCGUGGUGGUGCUUCCAUGCGGGGCGGGUAAGACGCUGACAGGGAUCGGCGCGGCCGCCGCAAUGCAGAAGACCACGAUUGUCAUGUGCGUGAACAACAUGUCCGUCUUCCAGUGGCAACGCGAGUUCCUUCGCUGGACCGAUUUGACCGAGGCGGAGGUGACGGUGUGCACGGCAAAGAUGAAGCAGAUGCCGGGGAGGGUCUUCAUCACGACGUACAACAUGGUCAUCGCGAAGCGGGGCCGCUCGGACGGCGCCGCCGCGGAGCAGUCGCGCGCCAUCUUGAACGCCAUGACCGCCCAGCCGUGGGGCUUGCUGCUGUUGGACGAGGUGCACACGGCCCUCGCCCACCACUUCCAAGACGUGCUGAACACCGUCCAGUACAAGUGUGUGUUGGGGCUCAGCGCCACGUUGCUGCGCGAGGACGACAAAAUCGGCGAUCUACGCCACCUCGUCGGCCCUAAGCUGUACGAGGCGAACUGGCUGGACCUCACCCGUGCUGGCUUCCUCGCCAGCGUGGAGUGCGCGGAGGUGCAGUGCCCGAUGCCGUUGCAGUUCUUAAAGGAGUACCGCGAUGUGCAGCGGGCGCGGUUGGCGUUUGGGGCCGGCCGAAGCGCCGUAGCGAAGCGCCGCCGCCGCGAGUCUGUCUUCGAUGUGGACGGCGAUGACGUCGAGGACGGGCCAUGGGAAGGGGAAGAAGGAGUCGCCGGCAGGGGUAGAGGAAGACGCGGUUUCCAGGCCGCUAGCAUGGGGCUGAACUCGCGUGCGCUGCACCUCGCCUCAUGUAACCCGUACAAGCUGUGGUGCACGCAGGCGCUCUUGGCGUUUCAUCAGCAGCGAUCUCCCGUCGACAAGGUGAUCGUCUUCUGCGACUACUUGGCGGAUGUGCGCUUCUUUGCGCAUCACCUGCACCUCCCCUUUAUGGAUCAGCGCACCAGCGAGGCGGAGCGAGCGAACUUGCUAGAGUACUUUCAACACUCGCCGGAGGUAAACGCAAUUAUUCUCACCCGCGUCGGUGACGUGGCGCUCGACCUGCCCUGCGCGUCGGUGAUUAUCCAAGUCUCCGGUCUCGGUGCCUCGCGCCGCCAGGAGGCGCAGCGCCUGGGCCGUAUUCUGCGCCCGAAGCCCCCCUCACUGGACAACACCUGCGCGUACUUCUACACGUUGGUCUCACAGGACACCGGCGACAUUCGCACCAGCUACAAGCGACAGAGCUGGCUGCGCGACCAGGGCUUUGCCUACCGCAUCCUGCACUGCGAUCGCGUGCUGGGCGAGUUUGUGCGGGUGGGCGGGCAGCCGUGCUGCGUCGGCGCACCGCAGUGGUGGUACCAGACGACGAAGGCGCCAGACGAAGCUUCCAAGUCCACGGGACCAAAGACGACGACUGCCGCCCGUACGCCCGUCUUUCACGAAGGGUUUUGCUGGGUACCGUUUUCGCUAGAGGCCGCUUUGAAGAUCGAGAGGGCGUUCCAGCAGGGCAGGGAGAAUUGCGUGUUGAGGGCUGGGGAGUUGGGCGCGGACACGUUGCGGCCGUCCGCCGUUGAACUGGGCCACUACGCCUUGCGCCCCACCGAGUCGUGGGAGGUUACAUUCAGCAGCGCUGACGCCCCGCAAACGUUUGGCACGGUGCGCAUCGGCGAGGUAGGCGGCGACGUCGCCUUGCGCGUGCGCCGCGUGCGCCGUGGGUGCCUUGACCGGACACACCGUUGUACAGCCCCCGACCAGCAGGAUAGUUGCGUGAAAUAUGCCUUGAACGCGGUGCUGGGCUCGCAUGGAGCGGUGGGGGCGUUGGCGGCCGGCGUGGAUGUGUCUCUGUCAGAUAACGACUCGUCGGACUACGAUGAUGACCUGCCCGUAGGCAAUUUAUGA